AUGGCCAAUGUGCCCUUGGCGCGACCGGUGGUUGCUGCCACCACGUCAUGGGUACCUGUCCCACAAACAGAGGAGCGUGUGCAAACCUCUAUGGUGCAGACAGCGACGACGACGAAGACCGUCGAGUCUGCACCCAGGCCGGCGGCAGCGGCUUGCGCCGGUUUGGUGGGGCCGAAUCUCGAAGUGCCUUUGCAGAAGGGGGUCGAGAAGCUCUCAGCUGCGGAGGUGUGUGAGCUCCUCAAACAAGGAAAGUGUUUGCUCGUUGAUGUGCGUGGCGAUGAUCGUGCCUCUGGCCACAUCGAGGGCGCGGUGCACGAGCCCACCCUUACCUUUUUGAACAGGGUGCCGGAGCUGGUGGUGAAAUUCUCCGAGGAGAAGCUCGUCAUUUUCCACUGCCAAUAUUCCUGGCACCGCGGCCCUCAGUGUGCGAACUGGUAUCGCGAGCAGGCACCGUCCUCGCAGCGCGUGGCCAUUCUAGAAGGAGGCUUCCGCGGCUGGGAACGCGAGCGUUUACCCGUCGUGUACGAGCAGCCCAUGGAUGCUGACGGGCAGGCGAAGGCAGACGUCUACGCGCUCGCAGUGGGCAGGCAAGUGGCAGAUGGACAGACGGAAGGUGCUGACCCAUGA